UCGAGUCUUUUGAAUUUUGUUUGCUAUCCUUUUUCUACUCAUGCUAUGAGACGAAACCAAUAAUAAUCGUCUGCACUCUUGUCUGGGGUCGAAUAAUUUAUUCGUAACCUAAAAAUCCAUACUCCGAUUCCAAAAUCAUACGGAUGUUUAGAUUGUUUAUGAAAAACUAUGAAUUCAUAAAAGAAAAUUAGUUUUAAACAAAAUACCAGUAACGCGAAGGUAUUAUCACCUCCUUACAAUUACGCUGAAGUGAAAACAUGUACGUGAUAUGUCGCAAAGAUCAUUUGAACCCUUUUUUAAUUAUGGGAUCUAUUGGCUCUAAAUUGACUAAACCAUUCAGGAAUUGGAAUAUAGAAAAUCGUGCACACAAAAUCAUUUCCCGAGAAAAACCAAAAGCUGCUCCAACAUAUGAUUCCACACUGCAGCAAAUAGAAUUAGUUAAUAAAUUAGAACCAGAUUACAAGCAAAAAGCUCAAAGGAAAGAUCAACAACUUAACGAUAAUCUGAAAAAAGUUUAUGUGACAUCUAAUAGUACCGAGAUUCAAGAAAUAGACCAAAGAAAAAAUCCAAAUCGACCUCUUCCUAAAGAUAGGCUUUUGCAUGAAGACUUUCCAUUUGGACAUUAUGAGCCACCUGAAAUCAAACCUGGCCGAAUAAGCUUACGGCAAGCAGUAGAAUUAUUGUCAAAUCGUAAAACUAAUCCUAAAAAGUACACUGCAUCAUAUAUAGCAGCUGAGUAUAAAUUAGAAAAAGAAGUUGUAGAGAAUAUACUUGAAUAUUAUAGUUUAUUUACUGUUUACAAUGUAGAAGAAGGUGGCUCUAAAGAUAUAGUUGUUAGUAAUAUGCCAAUUUCACAGACAACUGGAUUAACAGUACGUUGGAGCGUGGAUGAAAAGGAAUCAGAAGUGGAUAAAUUACGCAAAACGUUCAGAAACUCAUCACUUGAUUCCAUGCCAGUUGAAGAGGAAAAAAAGAAAAAAAUAAGUUGAAAAUAAAAUUGUUAUGGUUAGUUUGUAAAUAAUGUAUAGCUUCGUCGAUAUAAAAUCAAUUCUUUUUAAACAU